CCGAGCUGUGCCAUGCAGAGGCGAGCCAAGUGAAGCCAAGCUGUGCCGAGUCGAGCUGUCUGCAUUGUGUAUAGUGGUUAUUUGAGCCGUGUCGAACCGCGCUGAGCGGAGCCGGGAGGAGUCCCGACGUUGCGCAAGGCCCGGGGCAGGGCACCGGACCGUACAUAAGGUCGGCGAGGUGCUGGUGUUGCGAGGGCAGUGCCAUGGAGUCUGGUCCGCUGCUGCUGCUGCUGCUGCUGGUGGCGGCCCCGUUGGGCCGGGGCUUGGCAGAGUCGGAGGAGGCACAGUCGGAGGAGACGGUACAGGCAGAAAACUCUUCCGAGCGAUCCGCAAAGGAAGUUUUAUGCCCACGGACCGACCCUGACCUGAAGGCCAGCUGCCUGAACAAAUGCAGAGAGGACGGCAGCUGCGGGGGCAGCAGGAGGUGCUGCCUCAUCAAGUGCCGUUUCCUCUGCGUGCAACCAGUACCAGCCAAACCGGACACCUCCCCUGAGAAGAUUCCGCACACCAUCGGCUGCUGCAACAGCACCCACAGCAGUGACACCAACUGCCCCAAACACCGGCGGUGCAGCCCACCCCUGCGCAGGUUCUUAGGGAUCGGUGACACCAUCCGCAAUAACUGGGGCUGCCACCUGGACCUGGAACGUGGCCCGUGCAAGAAAUACAACUGUUGCCGCAACUACAGCUCCGGCUCUAGGUCGUGUCAGACACAAAUUGUUGGCUGCUGGAAAAAUUUCAAGCACUUCCGUACUAUGCAGGAGUGCCAGCAGGCCUGCAAGCAUGGGCUGCACAAGCGCUGACCUCAGGACACCACAGCCCGUCCAGAUCUGCAGAGCUGACCGCUCUGCCCCAGACAAUAAAGCCGCCAGGACACCUGGCUUGUAGCAGCA